UCUGCAGUCAUGAUCGUGCAGAUUACAGUUCAUGCAAAUAAUUACCAAUGCUAGACAUGUUGCUCUGGCUGAAGAAAAGGUCUAAUACAAGACCAAGGACAAUAUAUGGGUAUUAGUUUUGGAGGACAUUCUGUGUCGGAAAAGCAAUACAGGAAAAUAAUAUACAGUCCCCUCUGAAAGUAAUGGAACAGCAAGGCCCGUUUUUUUUACUAUACUCUGAAGACUUUUGGGUUUGAGACCAAAAGAUGAAUAUGAGAUGAUGGAUUAGAAUUUCAGCUUUCAUUUCCUGAUAUUUAGAUGCAGAUGUGUUAAACAGCUCAGAACAUGACACCUUUGGAAGCAGACCACGGAUUUUUAGGUGAGCAAAAGUAUAGGAACAGACCGUCUUAAAGUAAAUGAAAAUAAAUAACACUUAAUAUUUGGUUGCAAUGUAACUAGUAACUGCAUCAAGCUGGCAAACCAGUGACAUCACCAAACUGUUGCAUUCUUCUUUUAUGAUGCUUUUCCAGGCUUGUACUGCAGCCUUUUUUUAGUUGUUGUAUGUUUUGGGGGGGUUUCUCCCUUCACUUUCCUCUUCCAGAGGUGACAUACAUGCUCAGUUGUGUUAAGGUCUGGUAAUUGACUUGGCCAGUAUAAAAUCUUCCCCGAAGAAGUCCUUUGUUGUGUUAGAAGUGUGUUCAGGCUCAUUGUCUUGUAGCAUGAUGAAGUUCCUCCUAAUUAGAUUGGAUGCAUUUCUCAGUAAAUUAACAGACAGAAUUUUUCUGUAAACUUCUGAAUUCAUUCUGCCGCUACCAUCAGGAGUUCCAUCAUCAAUAAAUAUUAGUGAGGCCGUUCUAGGAGAAGCCAUGCAGGCCCAAGCCAUAACACUAUCUCCACUGGGUUUGAGAGAUGAGUUUCUAUGUUUUGGAUCAUGUGUAGAUCUAUUCUUUCUCCAGAUUCUUUCCCCACAUACCACAUUGUUGUACUGGCUAUGCCCAAUGCUUGUGCAAUGCCUCUGAUUGAUUUUCCCCUUCUUUUCUAAGCUUCAAAAUGGCUUGCUUUUCUCUCGUAGACAGCUUUCUGGUCUCCAUGUUGGUUUAUCCUUUUUAACAACAAAUGCAGUCUAUAGAGAUGAAACCCAGGACUGAAAUCAAGAGUAGACAUUCAGCACUAUUAAUUGUUUGAACAAUCAGCCUAACAGGGCACACCUGGGCAACAGCAAACACCUGUCAGUCACAUGUUCCAGUAUUUUUGAUCAUUUGAAAAAUGGGUGGAUUCAAACAAAAAGUGCCAUGUUCUAUGUUAUUUAACACAUCUCGAUGUAAAUAUCAGGAAAUGAAUGCUGAAUUCUGAUCUAUCGUGUCAUAUUCGUCUUUUGAUCUCAAGCCCAAAUGUCUUCAGUGUAUAGAAAAAACCCAAAAGAAUUAGCCUUGCUGUUCCAGUACUUUUGGGGAGGACUGUAUACCAACUAUAAAUGGCUCUUUUAUAUGGAUGGCAAAUGCUAGAAAGCUUUCAGGCCCUUCUCUCCCUCUCCGAUUACAGCCACGCCCCUGAGUACAGUUUAAGAUUGCAAUUGGACAGCGAUUGCAUUUCACACUGGUACUUGUGCAAUGGACUGAUGUCUCCCACACCACCCCGUGCUUACUCCACUGGCUUCCUGUCGCUGCCCACAUCUGAUUUUAAAACACUUUUGACCUUCAAAGUCUAAAAGGUCCAGCUCCCACGUACAUUAAAGCACUUAACAUACCCCUCCACGCCUCUAGCUCUGCUUGACUGGACCCAUUAUCUCUCAGGGUUCAAGGAAAACAUGUGUCAUGUCUCUUCUUUGUCCUGACACCCAGGUGGUGGCAUGAAUGUCCCCUGGCUGUCCAAACAGCCGGUUCACUGGCUGUCUUCAAACGAAGAUGAAGGACUUACUGCUUCACUACAACACUUGAAUUAGCACGUUGUUUAUAUAUUAUUUUUUUUAAAAACUCCCCUUCUGUUAUUUUGUUUUUUUCAUACUCUUACUAACGUCCUCUACAGGAACUAGCAUGAACUAGCAUGUGUUUUUGAUAGGGACUAGCACUUCUGUAAGUCUUCUAAAUGCCAUAAAUGUAUAUGUAAAUGAAGUGCGGUGCAACGGGGAAUUCUGUUCACUUCUGUUGCAAAGUCAGCAUUUAAUUCUUAAAAAUGUAAUCCCCAGCUGAUUGUUUUUCACUGAAGAGAUUAAACAAUGUAAGAGCAAUGCAACAAAGGUUUUAUGUUACCAGUACCAUCUGUGUAUUGCAUUUUGUGUUUUUCCUGGUCUGGUGCUGAAUCUUCUCCAUAAUUACCGUGUGUAUAGAGCUGAUAUGCACUUCUCAGGUGCAGCUUCUGAUUCUGACGCGAUGGAGUUUUAUAUACUGUAUAAGUCUGUCACAAAUAUGUCAGUUGGGCAUAUUCUGACAAUAUGUACACAAACUGUCUUGUGAAACAACAUUUCUUUUUUUGUAUUGUUACCUCACUGCAGCUGCUUAAUCUUAAUUUUUUUAGUGAUUAGUACUUUGCAGUUUGUAAUAUAUGUAGAAAUAUUUAAGCAGAGUUUUUUUUUCUUCUUUAUGUUCCCAUUAGUCAGAUAGAUCACCUCAGCCUUUAAACAGGAAAUGUUUUUUGCAAAAAGAGACCACUUCCUCAUCUUCAUAUACUUGAGAACUAUAGAGAGCUAUUGAGCUAACAUUUAGCUCAGUAUAUCCUGCGAAGGUUUAUACAUUUUACUGAACAAUGCAUUCUAUCAAAGUUGGCGACAACUGCACGAAAUACAGGCCAGCAAAUCUGCAGUCACAGCCAUCUUCCCCACAGUCUCGCUGCUCUUCUCCUUCAGUCUCCAGCAGCAAGCUCAUCUCUUCAUCCCAGAAGCACAGCAAAAAAGCACUUAAACAGGCUCUGAAACAGCAGCAGCAGAGGAAUCAGCGCCGUCAAUGUGGGAUCCCCACAGCCUCCAGCCCACGACUUCUACUUAAAACUGUUAAAAACAUAGCCGAUUCAGCGUCCUCCAAAACUGGCUGGGAACUAAAACAGUCAGAGCGUUGCCCUGCCAGUCCCCAGAACUCCACCUCUAGCUCCUCCUCCUCUGUCAAAGCAGACACGUGCCACACCGUCGGUUCAAGGAAGAUGUCUCAGCGUUCCAGUCGGCUCAACGCCCGCCAGUUGAGACGAACCAAGUGUGAGAUUGACGUGGAGACGCCUGAUUCCAUCCUGGUCAACACUAACCUACGGGCCUUAAUCAACAAACACACAUUUUCCAUGUUGCCCCCAGAUUGUCAGCAGAAACUUCUGAAGCUACUGCCAGAGAUUGAUCAGCAGUCGUGCAUGGAUGGACUCCUGAGAGUAACUAGCUCUGCUUUGAGCAACGAGUUUUUCACAUCUGCAGCACAGUCUUGGAAGGAGAGGCUAGCCGAAGGUGAGUUCACCCCAGAGUUAAGACUAAGGAUGCGGCAAGAGAUUGAGAAAGAGAAGAAGGUGGAGCAUUGGAAAGAGCACUUCUUUGAAAGUUUCUACGGAGAGCAGUCUGGAUUAAGCCUUGAGGAAUCCAGAGAGCUGACAGAGACUGAAAGCAUUUCUACACCAGCUAAAGACUCACCCCGGCCUGGAAAAACCGAGUCUAGCACAAACAUAGCACAGAAGCCAAACCACACUGUUGAGGUCACCCACAAGGAGCUGAGAUCCAGAGAGGUGAAAACAUCAGUGUCUGUAAGCCAUCCAGAACCAGAGUCCUUCCAUGCCGAUGCAGUCACAGAAAGUCAUUCAGCUUCUGAUGAGGCGUCUUCAAACGCUAAGAGCGCAUCUACGACACAGACUGAGGAAUCUACACCUACUGCAGAGAAAGUGGUGGAACCAUUAACGUUGAGUGUAGAUGAAGAGGGACAAGAGAGCAAGACUAAUAGCCCAACAUCAGCUCAAGAAGCUAGUUCUAAAGGAAAGGAUACCAUAGUGAGUGAGUCUAUAAAGGUUGAGGGGGUUGGGUCACAAGCGUCUGAAGUUACCACUGAGUCACUGAAGCGGAAACUCUCCAGUGAACAAGAAGUAGCAGAGAAGAAACCUCGGGUUGAAGAAGGGUCACCCUCACUUCCAACAGAAGGCUCACCCCCAGCAACAACUCGAGUAACUGCGCAACAGAGAGUGCCACCUCUUAAAAUCCCUGUGUCACGAAUCGUGUCUGCGCCUGGAGCUCCAGGCCAAGUGUCUCCAAGGACUCCUCAUCCUUUGACACCACCCAGUAUCCGCCCAGGAUGCACCGGGGCACGUACUUUAGCUGACAUCAAAGCUAAAGCAAAACUAGCUCGGGAACAGCAUGCUGCGGCAGCUGCUGCAGCAGGUACAACACGUAGAGGAUCCACUUCAGGACCUAGCUCAUCUGGAUGUACUUCCACACCCUCCCCAGUCCAGUCCUUGUCAGAAGAGUUUUCACCAGCAAGCAGUAGAAGCCAAUCUGUAUCUCCAGUAAAGAUUAUCUCCGUGUCUCCUGUCCCUGAGGGCACAGGAGUUCUCUCACAAACAUCUCCUUCCUCAGGUGCUGCUGGGCAGAUGGACCCUAGUUUUGUUCAAAGCUCUAGCGCAAACCAAUUUUUUUCAAAAGAAAACAAGUCCUUUCUGGGUUCUGGUGGAAUGCAUUUAUCACCUUCAAAUAUGCUGGCAUACAGCCAGAAACCACAAGAGACACCAUUGCCAGGGAUCUCAGUGAUCAAAUCCAGCUCCUCAAUUCCUGCCAAUAAUCCUCUUGUCGCUCAGCUCCUUCAAGGUAAAGAAGUUCCCUUGGAGAAGAUUCUUCCCAAACCACCUUCCAAGAUAAAUGUGCAGCCUGCCACUGUUGUAGCACAAGAUAAAGGGAACCUGGCUGUUAGGACAUCAGGGACGGGGAAGGAGAAACCUGUAGAUGCAGAGGACGUGAGCAGAUCUAGACUGCUGCAUAAUUCAUGCAAACCUGGGACCAGUGUGGACAAGCUGGACAAGAACACACAGGAGCAGAUUCUUCAUGUUCUAAGGCACAGAAGUCAGCAGAGCCGACUCUCUCAGCCAUCCCAGAGCGGGCCCUGUCUGCUCGGCUAUCCAGAGAGCUCUAACGACCAACCAAGGUUCCAACUAGGCCUCAUUAGACGUAAGAGGGUGUCUAAACCCGCCAUGACCGGACACUAUCUCCUAAAUAUCUCCACAUAUGGCAGAGGGUCUGAGAGCAGCAAAAGGCCUCAUCUGGUUAACCUAAAGAGAGAAAAUGUGGAAGGAGAAGGGAAAGAAGGGGUAGAACUUAAAGAAGGGCGUCAGUCUUCUUUAAAAGGGCAUUCUAACCCUCUUGGGAUUAAAGUUGAGCAGCAAGGAUUUCACAUCACAAGACCAGACGAUGCACCAGGAUACCAACACUGUCCUCAAAUAAAGGAAGAGUCUCAGUCACUGAGUUGUUCGUCCAAUAAAGAAGAAGGUGGCACAUCUACAAGAACCAAAGAAAUAUCUCCACGGUUGCACCUUGACACCAGUAAACAGGGUAUCUCAGGGCCGCAUCUUUCGGAUGACUGUAAGCCACAGGUAACGUCCUUCCAGUCGCAGAGGUCACAGGAUGGACAAGAAACCAUGACGGGUACUUUUUUUGGUGGAACUAUCAGCAUGUCCAUGCCUCACUCAAUAAAUCAUAGCAUCACUGACUCGGGUGCCUCUCCUACCGUUACAUGCAGUAACGAGAACACCAGUGAGGGGAUGAUGUCAUUUUCCGUGACUGUCACUGCCAUACCUGCCGGUCACCUUCUCGAUCAGGGUAAAGGUGAGACCUCACCUGAGCAGGCAUUCAUAGAAGCUUCUGGAAUGGAGGAUGUCCAGUCGAAAUGCUACUGUCGGCUAAAGGCCAUGAUCAUGUGCAAGGGAUGUGGGGCCUUCUGUCAUGAUGACUGCAUCGGGCCCUCCAAACUGUGUGUGUCCUGCUUGGUGGUACGAUAAUGGUGAUGAGGACAAAAGGUGACCUUAAAGAUAAAUUAAACCUUCAAGUAAGUGCGAAGUUGUUCACAUGAAUGGUGAACGUCUCACUGUGUCAAUGUGUCCAUAGGAGUUUGGCUUUUAUGCUGUUGAUCUCUGGUUUUCCAGACAUUUAGCAUGUACAUGUAUACAAUUUGUGCAAUGUUAGAGUAAAACUUCCUCUCAGUUCAUUUACUGAAAACUGAGCACCUUGUUCCAGAUGCAAGACUUCUCGAAUAGUGGCAAUAUAUAAACGCUGGUCAUGUUCUGUAAUAUAUAUAUAUAUAUAUAUAUAUAUAUAUAUAUAUAUAUAUAUAUAUAUAUAUAUAUAUAUAUAUGCACACAAUAUAAUAUAAUACACUCAUGUAUACGCAUAUAUUUUAAUUUUAGAAAGGAAAGUAACAGUAUACUACUAUUUUUGUAAAUCUUGUAAAUAUCAUGACCAUCCCUUUUUUUUUUUCUUGCUUCUUUUUAAAUCCGUUAUUUUUUUAAUACUGUGCAGCUUCUUGGAUCACUAAAAACAAUAUUAUUAUGUAACUUAUUCAGCAAAGCAAUUUUUGUUGAAUAUUUUAAGCCUUAGUAACUCAAGCAAAGAUCCAGACAGCUAAAAUACCAAUUACUUUUGAGAAUUACUGUGAAACAAAAAAAAGAAGAUUAUUUUAAUGACUUAUGCCUUAUGUCUAGGCUCAAAGUGGUACUCUUAGAUGUGAGUAGCAUCAGUGGUAGAUAUAAACAUAAACAGAUUAUUUAUGGAGCAGAAGGGAGUAAAUACCACACCCUAGCACUAAUCUUCAAUCACUUUUUUGGUAUAUCAUGGAAUAUAAGGACUGGAUUAUUUUGAUAAAUGAAAGUGGCAAUAAUUUGUACAUUUGUUAUAUUUAUUAAUAGAAUCAUCUAAAUUUAAGAGAGAAUCAAAAUCCCUUAUAACUGUCUUCUUUUUAGGGUUGCACUUUUAUUAUAUAUAUAUAUAUAUAUAUAUAUAUAUAUAUAUAUAAUUUUUUUUUCAAAAAGGUAACUUGAAUGAACUGAACUGCUCGCUUGUGUAGUAUGUUGUGAGUAAGUUGAUUAUUAUGGAAGCUAAAGCACUUCUCGAUAUAAUAAUCUAAUGUUCCCUCUCAGGAGCAAACCCAGGUUUUUUUUCAUUUCACUAUUUGUCUAAACACUCACAAUGUUGUUUACCCGUGAGGAGUGUGAACUGACAAUGAAGUUCCAAGACUGUAGAUAAACUUUUAAAAGAAAUCACAGUUGUAAUUGUGAAAUUCAAUGUUGAUUAAUACAAAUCCAAUGUGUGAGAGAAAUGAACUGUUUUUAUCAUGUAAAUAUAUGCUUUUCUGAGAUUUUAUCCACUUUUUAUGACCUUUUAUCUAUGACAUUUCUGAAGACAAAUCACACUACACCGCAAAAAGCGACGUCUUAGCAACUGACAAUAUCUUGAAUAUAGUCAAAUGUAUCUAUUUCCUAUUAUUAUAAGAUCACAGUGAACCAAAUAUAAGAUUAUUAAACCUAUUUCAAGCUAAUUUUUACUCGUUUCAAGCUUUCUUAUUCUAUUGGCAGAUCAUUUUGUUUCUUUCUAGAAAUAUAUGCUUAAAUUUUCUCCCAGUAGAACAAGACUAUUUCAGGUUAUAUUUCUUAUAAUAAGAGAUGCUAGAUAAAAUGUGACUAUAUUCAAAAUAUUUCCACUUGCCAACAUGUCAUUUUUUUGCAGUGUAUAAUACUGGACUGUCCUUAUUAUUCAGAUAAACAGGCACCUUCUGAUAUGUUUUUGUAGUAUAUAAUAUACUUAAUAUGUACAUAAAUCUGUGCAUGUUAUCCACGGGUUAUCAGUCAUGUUUGUGAAAUCUUUGCCUCGUCCUUCAGACAUUUUGAAAAGAUUUUUUGUUGGUAAUAUACCAAAGUCAAUUUGUGGGAAUGAUAUAAUCAGAUAAUAAGCAAAUUUUGUUUGUAAUGUCUGUUUAGUUUUGAAAAGUAAUAUAUUUUAAUUAAUAUAUUUUAAUAUAAAAAAAAGAUUAUUUACAAUCAAUUUUAGAUAACAUUUAAACAAACAGGGUAUUUAAUAUGUCUUCUUUAUAUUUCCUGUCCCAUUUUGUAAUGCCUCGAUCCAGGUUGUACAUAACACUUUAUACAAAUUUGGUUUGUACCAGAAUUCCCAUGAAUCUAUUUUAGGUGAUUUAGUCUUACCUGGAAUGCACAUUUUAUGUACUACUCAAGUGAGUUUUUCUCUGAAUGAAAAUAACUUUGUGUGGCAUUAGCUGGCGUCAUUACAGUUUACUUUCGAAGUCAGAAUCAUAACUGAAGAUGUUACCCUCUCUUAUUCUUCCUAUAUUUACAUAUAUACGUAUGUGUGAGCUCCACUGUGUUGUGUUUGCUUGUGGUGUAUACAUAGAACUAGUUGUAUGAAGUGUCUUUGGGUGUGAAGGUCUUUUUCAGGUGACUUUGAUGGUUGUUGUGCGAGUUGGUAAUUGUAUAUGAUCUGGUUGUACUGAUAUAUGCAGUAUGGAAUAUAGUGUGUAUUUACACACACAAACAAACAGAGACAUAAAAUAACUGUGCUAAUUCUUUUCCGUUCCAUUGAUUUGUAUUUUUUUAUUCGGUGUUGGGAAAUAAUAAAACAUUUUUAAUUGAACACAAUUUCAUCCAAGGUAAAUUUUUAGAUGCCUAUAUUGGUAGAUUGUGAUACUUUUGGUAUACAGUGAAUGAGCAAUAUGGAUUUCUUUUUUCUGGAUCAGUACUAAUGAAAAUGAUUGUAUUUACUUUAGCCAAAACAAAACAUCUCUCUGUAUCUGAUUUAGACACACCUCUGUACAUUAACCUGAUGGCAAAAAAUGUCAAUAAUGGUCAUAAAAUCACAUAUUAGACGUAAUAACAUGGCAUCUUCAUCUUAGGAACGUAUUCUUUACACAAUCUGUGACGUCAAAUGCAAUCUUUUCUCAUAACUGUGGCAAUCGCAAAACCCAGUGGAGUGUGCCUCCUUUUAAUGUGUUGGUUUUUGUUUUAAUAUUCUACAGUUCUAUGUAAAAUAUAAGUGAAUGUAAUAAACAUAACUGUAAUCAUCACUUGUAAGUAAAAGUGUGUUUUAUCUAAAUAAUAACAAUAAAAUGCAUCAAUUGAGCAAAA